AUGCACAGUCCCACCUUAUUGAUAGCUUUCAUGGUACACUCGCUCGCCGUUUUCAGGGGAAUCUUCGCAGCGGAUGCUUUCACGCCGGUGACGGAUCCGGAUGCGAAUGGAAUUCACGGAAACGUCAAACCUUUACCUCAAGUUCGACUACCACCUCCCUUCGUUUGUCCUAAAAAUGACCCCAGGUUUGGACCAGCAGGUUUUUGUAUAAGAUUAAUACAACCGCGGCCAAAAGGCGCCACUGUAGACCAAUAUGGAAUUUAUGUUGCCAAUGUUAGGGGAACGGCUGGUGAUGCUAAUCGCACGCCUACCUAUGACUGUGAUAAGUUCUUAUUUGAUGGGCAAAUUGCACAGAAUGGUCAAUGCUGUGACGCAAAGUACAAGCUUGGAAAGCCAGUAAAGCCAAACAGCUAUUCCAUACAAACCUUUGCUGACUACAAAAAGAACCGCUGUGGAAAUGUCAGGAAUCCAAAUAGAAAUAAUUGA